CCCGGUAUCAGCUGAUUUCCCAAAGUGUCAAAAGUCAAAAUAAAAAUCAACAACAAAAAAAUUUGGUUAGUGUAGUGUUAAUAUUUUCAUUUUCUUUUUUUGGAAAUCUGUAACAUGCAAUUCAGUAUCAACUAACAAGUGUUCAAUAAAUAUUUUAUCAAGAUAACGCUCGGUCUAACAAGUGGCAUACAAGUCGGUAAUUCAGAUUGAUGCAGGGCUCCUGCUACGUUUUUUAGGUUACGAGUCUUGAAAGUUGAAAACACAUAAAUAAUAUGGAACUGGGAGAGUGGCGCCAGAAUGUGCUGUUGCAAUUGCAAAACAGGAAUAAACGGGAAACGCAAUGUUACCAGGAUUUGAUAACACAACAUACUAAAGUGUUCGAAAACGCCAAUUCCCUUCGCCAUGAAAACUUACAGCUCUCAAUUCAAAACGAAAAGCUCAAAUUGGAAGGAGGCAACGGUGGCAAAUCGUCUAGUGCAUUAGAAAAUAGACUAAAUGAAGAAGUCCAACAAUUGAAGCAAAAACUGCUAGUGCAAGCUGAAGAAUUGACAGAUCUCCAUAGAAGAAAAGGAGAAAACUCUCAACAAAUUAUAGAUUUAAACAUCAAACUGCAAGAAAGAGAUUCAUUAAUUGCUAGUAAAGACAAUAGCUUAGCCGAAUGCCAAUCAAAAAUUCUAAGUUUAAAAGCCGAAAUUGCUAUGCUAACUCAGGCAAACAGGGAAUUGAAGCACGUGAACGAUACUUUGAGGGACGAACAUUCCACUUUGCAGUUGGACUUCAGUAUGUUGGAGGAAAAACUUAGAAAAACUCAGAGGUAUUUUGUUUUCGUUUUUAGGUUGGUUUAUAAUUAUAAAAUUGCUUGGAUAGAUCACAAAGAGCUUAAAGAAGAACUCAAACAAAUUAGGGAUCAACAAUCGAUGUUUAAUGAAGAACUCUUGAAAUUAAGAGGAGAGAACGAAGAUAAUCAAGAAAUUAAAAGAGAGAAUACAGAAAUAAAAACCGAAUUGCAAGAGGUAAGAAAAACAAUAGAAAUUAUAGAUAAGGGGAGAAGAAAAAAUAAUGUAGUGAUGAAUGGAUUAAAAUUUGAUAACAAUGAGCCAGCAGUACUGGUAGAAGAUGUGAAGGCAUUUUUGAACCAACAAUUAAAAGUUAAUGUUACACCGAAAACAGUUACCAGGAUAGCAGAGAGAACCUGGAUAAUAGAACUACAAAAUGAAGCGGAUAAGAGAAAAAUCAUGGAAAAUGGAACAAAACUAAAGGACAUGAGAGGAGAAAGAGUUUUUAUAAAUGAUGAUGUGACCAAGCAGGAUAGAGAAAAACAAAAUGAAAUAAGAAUAUUUGCAAACCAGGAAAGGCAAAAAGGAAAAGAAGUAAAGAUAGGAUUCAAUAAGGAUGAAAAUCGACAAUUGGUAGAAAGGCUCAUAAAAUACAAAGCAAAAGACGCGGACAGGAUGAACGAAGAAAACGACAAUUUUCUAAAAAAACGAUAUGCCAAGCUCCAAAAAGACCUAGAAGAAGCUUGCAAAGAUACCAAAGAUUUGUGUUCGAAAGACAUUCAAGAGGGUUAUGGACCUCUCAGUCAAUCCACAUUGCCUUCUAGGGUGCAUGCGAAAUUUGAUGCACAUGAAGGCGAAGUUAAUGCAGUAAAGUGGAGUCCUCUAGAUCGGUUAGUAGCCACAGGAGGUGCCGACAGAAAAGUGAAGCUUUGGGACAUUUCGAAAGGUCAGUCUAAAACUGCAUGA